AUGCCGGAAUCAGCCAUGGUUACCAGCUUCAAUCUACCGGAAUAUGUUGCUACCAAAGAGCGAAACCGUACGUGUUUCCUCGAGUCAGAGACAACCAAAGAAUGCAUUAAUAUCAAAGCUUCUCCGGUAAACUCAAAGUCGACUUCAACGUUUUUCUUGUCGGUAAUCUAUCAGAAAAUUCAUAAGUUUCGUAAUGGAGAUCUCAAUGGACACAUAUUCCCUUUACCACUUCGACAUCUCGAUGAUACUAAACUUCAAGUAGUUGAACGUAAAAUUCCGAAACAGUUUCUCGCCACCGAAGAAACAUUCCGUGAUCACAUUACAAUGGUUUUGUCGGAGUCGUGUCUCGAACGUUCUAUUCAGGAACGUCUUCUAACUCAUAUCUCCGAAUUAGAAAUCACUAAAGCGAGAAGUUAUAUAAAAGGUUUCAAGAUCGAAGUCAAGAUUAAAGUUAAAGUGGAUCAUAUGGUGAACAUUGGAUGUGGCUGCAAGGGAAAAGAAGCUUGUCCGUGGCCAGUGGCUUGGGAAAAACGCGUGGCGACACGAGUGGUUGGAAUGGAUUGUCCUAUAUGCCUGACGGAAUUAUCGAGUUCGGUGAGUCGCAUGGAGUUAAGUUGUUCUCAUGUUUUCCACACAAACUGUCUCAUGAAGUGGCUCAAGGAGAACACUUCUUGCCCUAUUUGUCGUUCCGAACAACCUGGCGAAACCGCUUCUAUCUAUUAG